AUGCCAUCAACACCAUUCUAUUCAAAUAAAUAUUACGAUAGCCAAUUUGAAUAUAGACAUGUUAUUUUACCACCUGAUAUUUCAGCACUUAUCCCAAGAGAUGUAUUAUUAUCUGAAGAAGACUGCAGACGUUUCGGUAUCAGACAAUCAGAUGGAUGGCAACACUAUGCUAAUCAUAAACCAGAGCCACAUAUCCUCCUUUUUAGAAGACCACACAAUGGCAUUCCAAACGAAGUUGAUUAUUUAUAAAAACAAACAAAAAAAAAAACAAAAAAAACACAAUCUAUCUUAAUUUUUUUUUUUUAUAAUUUAUAUUGAUACAAAUCUGUAGAAACUCAACACAGCAACAAAAACAAUAACAACACAAUUAAAAUAACUAAAUCAAUAAUUAACAAAAUAACAGCAACAUACAAAAACCAAAAUCAAAAAAAAAAAAAAAAAAAAAAAAAAAAGAGUCAAAUAACAUCAAGACAAUCUUAAUAGUGUGUUAAGUCGCUACCUAUAAUAUUAAUAAUGUUAUUUAUAAU